UUCGGCGUAUGUUACACCACCUGCAAGUGAUUUCUGUGUGUGUGUGCCUGAGUAAGACACUAUUUUCACACGCCAAUUUGGCGUAAGAAAGGCCACUUCAAAGCACCACUCAUCCUCACCAAGUCAAGCCAUAUCCACUCUCCUCCGCCAUCUUCACCGCCGCUCCUCCACAACCAACAGCCACCGGUCACCAUCUCCUUACAUAAACCAGCCAUCCAACAACCCAUCUUCAAACCAAGCCACCCACGCCCUUUCGGACCAGAUCUCCAUCAUACCCCAUCACCGUCGAGCUACCCAUCUUUCUCUCUUCCAACUUCUUCAAACCAAGCCACCCACAGUUCACAACCAUGCAGUCCACUGUGCGCUUGUUUGGGUGUCGUUCUUAAUUUUUUUUUGGUAUUCUGCACAUGGGUAACGAUAAGGGUACCUGAUAGGAUUGUGGGGACAAUUUUAAUGGUGAUAUCUUAAUUAUUGCACUUACCUAUGGUUAAUUUCUGUGUAUGGUAUGCAGCCCUGUUUGUUUGCUUGAUCUUCUUGUUCGACCAUUUAUUUGGCAUUCUGCUAAAUUUUUGGGAUCAAUUGAAUUAAGUAGAAAAGAGUCUCAUAGCCUAUACCAUAUAAUUGGAUAUGAUUUGGGAUCAAUUGAAUUGCUAUGCACUUGUAUGAACUCUAAGCAUAACCUCAGUAUGUUCUUGACAUUUUCAUAUGUGUACCAUUGGAGAUCACCUGUUGGGUGGUUUGGAGAUAAAUGAGAAAUUAAAUCUGAGAAUAAUGGUGACCUGAUAUAAUUGUUGAUUGAUAUCAAUGGUUGAAUGCUUGACAUAAUCAUAUGAUGUGAAUGAGAUGUUCACCGAGAUUGAUUGGGCUGAUGUGAUUUUUAGUUUACAACAAAUCUGGGAAUUGUGGUAACUAAGAAUGUAGUUGGAUAAUUAUAAUGAUCAUCUGAUUCAUACAUGGUUACAUUAUACACUGGCUGGUUGCUCAUUUAAGGUUGUGAUUUAUUGACAAUAAAAUUUGGGAAUUGGUUGGUAUAUCUUUGAUGUUUGACAACUGGUACAGUUAUGAUCAAUUAUGGUUAUAAUGAAUGGUAAUACUUAUAUGCUGAAUUUUAUAUGCCAUUGGGACUUCUCUGGUUUUCAGGAAAAAAAUACUCCAAAGAAAAAGGGUACAAGUACAAGGCAAAAGAGGCCAAAGGUAGCUGUAGAUAGAGUGCCUCAAACCACCAGUAAUAACUCCACGAAAAAGAGAACCAGAGAAGCAGCUUCAAAAGAAACCCCAACUACCAAAAAGGCCUCAAAGAGCAAGAGCAAGGACACUAGGGAAUCCAUUCCUAUAAAUGCACAACCACCUUUUGAUAAGGACAGGUUUUUAUCUCCCGAGUGUCAAGAAAGAUAUGAAACUUGGUUCAAACCCAAGUUGGUUAUUGAGGAGAGAAGGAUUAACCUGGAACAGCCAGAGCAAUCUUCCAUACUUGAAGUGAUUAAAAGAAGAAAGUGGGAGAAGUUUGUCACUUUUCCAGUUCUUAGCCCAAGCACCAUUUUAAAGGAGUUUUGUGCUAAUCCCAACCAGGAAUGGAUAGAUCAGAGUAGAACUUCAUGGGUGAGAGGAAUACAAGUCCGUUUUGAUACUAAUACUAUUGAAAGCUUCUUGAGCACUAGUUACAAUCCAUUGGAGGAAUGUGCAUUCCAAAAGCUUCUAAAGGUAUUCUCUCCCAUCAACAAUUCAAAGACUCAAUACAGCCCAGACAUUAUAGGAUCAGCUGAGAAAAUCAGAAAAAGGAUUGCUUUAGGGAAAUCAUGUUGGGUCAAGAAUAUACGCAAACAUGUUCCUGAGAAGUUAGCUCGGGCUGACCUCACAGCAGAUGCACGUUUUUGGUAUACUUUUAUUAAUAGCAAUAUCUUUCCCUCAACAAAUGCUAGUGAUGUGAACCUUGAGCGUGCUGCAUUGAUUUGUGAAAUUCUUAAUGAAAGCAAUGUCAAUAUUCUACACAUGAUCCUUAAUAAACGGCCAGAAGUGAGAUUAGGACACAGUUCACUUAUUAUGCAGCUUUGCGAACGAGCAGGUGUCGAGAUCAUGACGUGGAAUUCUUACCACUGGAAUGUUCUUGAUGUUUCGUUGGAAAUUGAGCUUGGUUGGAAUGACAUGUUACAGUACAUAGAAGACAACAAGAAGCAAGCACCUAUGCAGGGAUCCUUGCAUCCACCUCCACAAGCAGCUGAUAUUCCUUCCACUUCACAGCCCCAUCAUCUCUUCCAUUUUCACCGGUUAUCCUUGAGCUACAGCAACUGGCACGACACAAUGCCGUGAUGAUUGAGUAUCAUACUAAGAUGUUUGAAGCCAUAUGUGAAAGGCUGAGCAUUGACAUUACUGGAUGGCAGCCAAGACCACCAUUGAUACCACAUGCAAGAGUAGUCACCGAUCAGGCAGCAGCAGAUGACACCACCACAGAUGGGCAAACUUCUCACUGAGCACCACACAUUUUCGCUUAUCACCAUCUGUUUUUCAUUUUCUAGAUUUUAUUUUCUUUCUUUUAGUACUGUAUGCAGAUAUAUACUCUUAUUUUGAUAAAUUCUCCUGUUAUCAAUAUCUUGUUUUGAUCUAGGUGUGUGUUCUUAGUUUGCAGAAAUUUUUGGUUUAGUAUUAUUGUUGGGGACAACAAUGUUUUAAAUAUGGGAAUUGGGUGUAUAUUAUGCUUGGACUG